AUGAAGACGCUCAUCCUCCUAGUGGCUAGUAUUGCACUCCUGCUGGACCAGCGCUGUGGAGGAGAUUAUCCCGGAUUCAAACAUGAGGUCUGUAACUUCUUUAAGACUCUGCAGGACUGUGAAGUCAAUCCGUACGUCAUCCUGGAUGGAGGCUCACACACCGAGAAGCAUGAAAAAAAUGUGUCUCGUCUGAAAUAUAAACUGAAAAAAGCAAAGACAAUAGCAGAGACUGAGCCUGAUGGCACUUUACCAGAAGGAUAUAAUGUGUUACCCCCUUUGGUCAAAGAUGUCUUCAUAGAAAUCUUAAGGGAAAAAGGCAUAGAGUUUAAAGUGUGUUUAGGAGAGGCAGACCCUGAGGUUGUUUCCGAGGCAAAUCAGAAACAAUGUGCUGUGCUGUCCAUUUACAAAGAUUUUUACAUCUUUGAUGUGCACAAAGGUUUCCUUAAUCUCCACAAUUUUGAGUGGAAAAAAGAAGAGGAUGGAAAGAUUCCUGCUAAGAUCUACAAACGUUCAAAGUUUUGUCAGCAUUUUAAAUUGGACCCUGCUCUCAUGCCAGUCUUUGCUUCAAUAGCAGGAAAUGAUUAUUCAAGAUUAGAAGACAAUGGUGCUUUUGCAAAGGAAUCAUCUUCACCUGGUGAGUACAACAUUAAAAGACUGGAUGGUAUGCUCAGCUUUUUAAGUAAAGUGAACCUGGAUGGCUUGGACGACUCACAGAAGAGAGAACGUGCUCUGAGUGAAGCUUUAAAUCAUGUUGGUAAAAAAGAGAACCAAACAUUCAAACUCGCCAUUAAAAAAUAUGUUAAACCAGAAAAAACAAGUUCUAAGUUGCCACCAUGGGUGUGUGAAAAAGUUGAGCGUGGAGAACUCACCAGUUUCACCACAAGUGUUGUGGAUCAGAAGACAAUUCUGCUGACCCCACUUGUAGAGGACUUUUCACAGCGCAGUAGUUACACAGCUGCUUACCGCAUCAGACAGUACUUCUAUGGACUGUUAACAGGAGGUAAGAUUACUGAAUAUGGCAGGGAUGGAGAAGAGAUCAAAGACUACCGUGUCCCAUCAAUACUUCCCAGCAGUGAUGAACAGAAACAACUGAAACUACAGCGUCUGCAUAAGGCUCCUGAGGGUUUGCGUCGCAGGGUGUUUGAACAAGCUCUGCAGGUUCAGACUUCAGACUUAGAAAACAUCCCCGACCAGCUGAAGCUGCCAGUCUGUGUGACUGUUUUCUGGUUCAAGAAGCUACAACACCACCCAAAGCCUGAAACUGUAAACUGCCUCCACGCUGUCCUGCUGUGGUUUGUGUGUGAGCCUGAUGGUCCAGAGGACGAGUUUGAGAAGAAGAUGAAAGCUUUAAAGGAUGAAGGUGUGAGUAUCUGGCAGCCACAUGUGGCUCAUGCUUUCAGCCAAUGGCAGUGCUGCAUGAGGCAGAGCCUCCACCUGAACCAGCUGCUGUGUUCCCCUCUACCAGAACCUCAGUGUGUCCGACUUUACUGUGGACCUCUCCUUCAUCGGCUGGCAGAUGAAGACACAAUUAAACAACUACAGAAAACACUGAGAGGAGAAAAGAAGGAAUUAUAUAAAAAUUUAAAGACCAUUCUUAAUCCAACAACUACCGAGGAGGGUCCCUCAAGUGAGGAAGAAUGCUAACAACUGCAGAAGACUGAGGAAGAGGAGAACUCGGAUGAAGAUCCCAAAAUCAAUCUAGACAACACUACACACAUUGUGGAAACAACUCUGGUUAUUGUUGACUGCUCUC